CCAUUAAAUACACUUGAAGCUCACACGCAGGCAGACAGAGUGAUUUCUUCUGCCAAAACAGCAGCAGCAGCAGCAGCGGCAUCGGUCAGACACAACAUGGCCUCGUCCUGGGCUUUGGUCGUCUCCACUGCAGUUGUCUGGGUUAGUCUGGGCUCAGCGUUCGAGGAUGAACCAAUUAUUGAGCAGCGAGAGAUCAACUACGCUGAUGAUCUGAGAAAAGCAAUGCUUCAGAGCCCAGUGGACUUGACAGAUCUCCUACAGGGGGGUGUUCCUUUAGAUGGUGUACCAAUGCCAAGAGGAAGCCACCCUCUUCAUUUUGAGCCCCCUGCUGAGCGCUAUUAUGUUCAAUUUCCACUUGGUCGACCGACCUCUGACAACCUCCAAUCCAUCUGCGCCAACGGAGACCGCCGUCCUCGCUACCCAAAGUCUUACUUUCCAUCUAGCGGCUUUAGUGGGCAGGGGCGGAAGGGGAGCUCUGUUAAUAAAGCGGAGGCCUGGUUCAGCAUCUGCUGCAAUGGGAACCCGACAUGGACGACCAACGUCACUUUAUGUUGCCUCACGCGGGCUUGGGAGCAGUCAAUCAAAGUCUACUGCAGGGAGGAGUUUUCUAUAAAAACAAGCCAUUUUCACUGCUGCAAAGAGCGCGGCGAUAAGAGGCUAAACUGCUUCAAUGACGACGCUCCAAACCCAGACUACGAGCCAACCGAGGAGAUCCCCAUGCCACCUCUGCAAUCCAAGGCCAAGUUCAAGUUUGACCCCACUAUUUGCCAAACACCCAGGUAUGCAGGACGGAUAGGCGCAGCCUGAGAUACUUGUGGAGAAAUACAGAGUUUUCUUUUUGUAAACAAAUCUAAUGGGAAAAAUCAAUCAGUUGAGCCUGCUUAGUAUUGUCUGUAUAACCUGAAAUGCCCAAUUCAUGUGUUCUACUAAAACACAUGUGAAAGUCACAGGUUUUCAUUGAUGACACAUACUUGUGUGCCACCUAGUGUCAUUUACUGCAAAGCAAAGGAGAAAAUAAUUAAACAGGUGAAGUUGAAUGAAGAAGAAUAGCAGAAUGCAAUAUUAUAAAUGUUUUAAAAAACUUUUUAUCCAACUAUGUUUGCUUUAUGCUUUUUAAAAAGUGUAUCAAUAAAGUAUCAAUAAAGUUUUUUGCUACCAGCAAAAUAGAAUAUC